AUGACUGUCCGAGCAAAAGCUGGUGCUCGCGUCAAGGAGUGCACGGGCGAAUUCGAGGUCUCCAACUUCCAGGUGACCUGCGCCACGACCAAGACAGUGUCAGAAGGCAAGCAGGACUGUCGGGAGAUCGUCUCCGGGCCAAUUCUAGUGGCCAAGCAGUACACCUUCGGCAUCGCGGUGGCCUGGUCAGUGAAGGCCGAUGGCAGCGUGGAGGAGAACAAGAACCUGGGGGUCCACGUGAAGCGUUUGGAUGAUAAUCCGGAGGAGUGCAACAUCUCCCUAGAGAUCACAAUCCUGAACCGGAUGAAGGGCUUCCACAUGACCCUGUGCGACCCCAGCUACCACGGCAUCUCCAGUGGCAAGGCUCGGGGUUGGUCCCGCUCCUUCGACAUGCCGGAUAGCCGGCGCCACGAGGGUGUCAAGAACUUGCCACUCGCGGACGUUUUCGAUCAUCAGGCCGGGUGGCUGCACAGCGGCUCCCUGCGGGUGGUGGCCAAGCUGUCAGUGGUGGUGAGUUUCGACAGCAGCGUCGUCUCCAACGAGGCUGGUGGCCAGCAGGAGGUGUGCGAGUCUCUGCAGGCUUUGCUCCAGAGCGGCAGCCUCUCUGACGUGGUGCUCAAGGUGGGCAACGACAGCAUCCUGGCGCAUUCGCUGAUCCUGGCGGCCCGCUCGCCGGUCUUUGAGCGGAUGUUCUCCUGUCCCAUGAAAGAGAACAAGGAGAAGGAAGUCCACAUCGAGGAUCUGGAGCUUGCAGCGGUGCGUGCCCUCGUGCGGUACUUGUAUAGUGGUGUGGUGGAGCCCAGCGCUCUGGAGAACGAGGACUUCGCGGUGAACCUCCUUGAGGCAGCCCACCGCUACGAGGUGCCUGGCCUGGUGGAGCGCUGUGUGCAGGUGCUGGUCUCGCGCUUCAAGGUGGAGACGGUUGCAGAGCGCCUGCAGAUUGCAGACAUGAUCGGCAGCAGGCACUUCAAGGCGCAUUGCCUGGAGUUCAUCCAGGCGAACCUUGGGGAUGUCCAGGCCACCGAGGCGUACGCGCGCCUCGUGGAGCGGCGGCCGGCCCUGCUCAAGGACCUCAUCGAGGUCAUGGCGCCUCCAAAGAAGCGGCGGCUCAAGGGCAACCCGUCGAGGUGA